AUGGAAGCCACGUGCCCACACCUGGGUGCGCCACUCGAGAAUGCCACCAUCGAGGCCAACGACGCAGAAUUCGACGACGACAUCGAAGACAUGGUCGUCGUCUGUCCAUGGCACGAGUACGACUUUAGCUUGAGGACCGGAGAGUCGUCCCACGGUAUCUCUGCCUGUGUUUAUCCCUGCUCCGUCCGUCGUGACACGCUCUACAUUCAAGCGCCCUUCCCGUCCAACCUGGCAGCCGGUCAAGACGCUGAUACCGCUAGCAGCAAUUGGGAGCUCAUCGAGCUGCGACCUGUCAGCGAGUCUGCACCUGGCGUUGCAUCGCGACAAGACGCUGCUCAGACGCUGCAUGAACAAACAUCGCUGCUGUCCGUCUCAUCCACUGGAGCGGGAUCUCAAGAACUAGACGAGUCCACAACAGAGGCCACGCCAGAAUCCGACAGCAAAAGUGGUGAUGGUGUGAUUCCACCGCCUUCACCGCGGCCAAAGACUCUGGUUGAAUGGGCUGUCCUGGUGCUCAAUACAUCCGAUCCCGUCAGAAAGGUUGAGUACACUCGCAUCGCUGCCAAAGCGUUCCGAUCGGGCGAGUGCAAGGUCAUCGGUGGAGGAAGAUGGGAUGCAACCCAUUCUGCAGCGGGACGAGGCGCUUGGAUCACCAAACCGCAAGAGACCGCACCGGAACGACCGCCGCGCAUGAAGGAGGAAGUGCGAGUUCGGCCGGGGCAAGAAGGCAAACGCGGACGUGGUGGAACAGAAAAGAGUCGGAUCGCCAUCCUUCACUCGCUCGCAAACAUCGAGCAAUGGGCCAUCGAUCUGGCAUGGGACAUCAUCGCACGCGCUCCGCAGCUGUGCGCACGAUUCUUUGACGGCGACGAUGCAGAUGCAGAGGGACCAACACGCAAGAUGCCGCUGCAAUUCUUUAGCGACUUUGUCAAAGUGGCAGAGGACGAGGCCAAGCACUUCUCGUUGCUCACCAAGCGUCUGGACGAGAUGGGCAGCUACUUUGGCGCUCUUCCCGUCCAUCACGGCCUAUGGGACUCGGCCAUGGAGACGGCGCAUUCGCUCACAGCACGGCUUUCGAUCAUCCAUCUUGUGCACGAAGCGCGUGGGCUGGAUGUCAACCCAACCACCAUCAAGAAGUUUGCCAACGCAGGUGAUGCCGAAAGCGUCGAGACUCUCACCGUGAUCCACCUGGACGAGAUCACGCAUGUCUCUGCUGGACAUCGAUGGUUGACAUGGCUCUGCAGCAAUGCCAGUCCUCCUAUCGAUGCUGUGCAGGUGUUUCGGCGCGAGGUGCGCAAGAACUUCAUCGGCCGUCUGAAGGGGCCCUUCAACGCCGAGGAUCGACGCAAAGCUGGAUUGGACAAAGAGUGGUAUGAUGAUCUCGUCGGAGAGAAGCAGAGCACCUACAGUAUCGGCGUUGUUCGUCACGAGGUGCCAGGCGGCUAA